UUUUACAUAAUCCUAAUACUACUCCGUAAUAAUUAGGACAACAGUAACAUUUCCCCUGUUUCACCAUCGUCUCCUUUUCCCUCUCUCUCCCUUUCAAAUUCAUUCUCUCUUUCUAUAAUCAACACACCGUUUUAAACGGAACGCCAUCGUCUUACCUCAAAAGAAGAACCUCCUUUUCAUUAUUUCCUCUCUUCAAAUUUCCCCCAUUUUAUUUCCUCUAGUUCUCAUUUUUAUUUUUGAGAAUGACAACUUCUGUGAAGAACAAUUUCAUGCCACCCAAUUUAAUUUCCAAUCUUAACCAAGCCCUUUUGAGGAGAAAAGAUGCAGAACAAGAUGAAUCUUUUAAACCCACUUCAUCUUCUUCACAAUCCGAGGAUGUGAAUUUUAAUGUUGAAGAUGAAGAAUGUACAAAACCCAAAAUUUUGGUUACUAAUGGUGAUGGAAUUGAGUCCCCUGGUCUCACCUAUCUUGUUGAAGCUCUUGUUAAAGAGGGUCUUUACAAUGUCUUUGUCUGUGCCCCUCAAAUGGACAAAUCAUCAUCAGGGCAUGGGGUGACUUUUGGAGAAACAAUUGAUGUAAGUUCUGUUGAGAUGAGUGGUGCCACAGCUUUUGAAGUUUCAGGGACACCUGUUGAUUGCGUCUCUCUGGCAUUAUCCGGGGCUUUAUUUUCUUGGUCCAAACCCAUGCUGGUGGUUAGUGGGAUCAACAAGGGUUCAAGUUGUGGGCAUAAUAUGUUUUACUCUGGUGUUGUUGCUGGGGCAAGAGAAGCAUUGAUUGGUGGUGUUCCUUCAAUUUCCAUAUCGUUGAAUUGGAAGAAGGACGAAAGCCAGGAAACUGAUCUCAAGGAUGCUGUUUUCGUUUCAUUACCAAUAAUAAACACUGCUAUUAGGGAUAUAGAAAAUGGGGUCUUCCCUAAAAAAUGUGCACUCAGCAUACAAAUCCCUACCUCUCCCUCAACAAAUAAGGGUUUUAAAGUGACUAAGCAAAGUUUAUGGAGACCUACUUUGUGCUGGCAAGCUACAUCUGCCAAAAGGCAUCCAUACAUGUCUAAUCAACCUUGUUUAGGCUUUCAGCUUGCACAACUUGGUCGGGAUGCAUCUGCUGCAGGUGCAGCUCGCCAUCUGACCGGUCAAAAGAAGAAUGUGGAAAUCGAAUCAGUUGGGUUAGCCGGGAAAUCCAAUCCUAAACAGGUUGUGAAAAAGCACUUCCGUCUUGAGUUCAUCGAUAAGGAACUUGAUGGAGUAGACGAAGAUUCAGAUAUUAAAGCACUUGAAAGCAAUUUUGUUGCUGUUACUCCCAUUUCUCUUUCUCCCUACAUGGAGUCUGACAUUCAAAUAGCGGCUGCAGAUUGGAUUAUGUCUGCUUUCAUAGAUAACCAGUAAGAGCCUCCCUCGUAUCUGUCUGAUCAUUGGUUGAUGACAAAAGGCACUAAGGCAUUGGUGCAACAAUUGAGAGACUUGUUAAAGGAACAUGAUUUUGGGUUGUUUUAGGUCCACCGUUACUUUCUUCUUGUUCUUCAGUUUCUCGGAUUGUGGAAGCUCAAGGAAAUGCUUCAAUAUUUAUUUAUGAUUGUAGAAGGGUGGCUUUUUUGCUUCUUAGUUACCAGAUCAUUUCAAGUUCAGAGUCUUUGGGGUUAUGUACUUAUGUGUGUCCUCAGCAGCUUUCUUAAGUUAUGGCUUGUAGCUUUUGGCUGUUGUAUUUCAAAAAAGCAAUUGUAAUCAAGAUGGUUUAGCGACUUAGGGUUGAUAAUUAAUUAAUUAUAAAUUGUUUUAGCA